AGUGUAAUCUUCAUCCUAUCGCUAGUAAAGCCAAUACAGGAAGUAGUGGACUGUCACACAUCAAUGCACACAAGGUGACCUGGAAGAGUGACCACCUCAUGAUCAGGCCGGACCCUACGUCUUGUUUCACUGUGAUCACUCAAGAACAAUACUCAAUCUGUUCUGUAGAUUGUGAAGCCGUGGGCAUUUCCCUUCUUCCCAUCGAUCUGUUUUAGUCAAACCUGUUAGAUCCGAAUGACCCAUUGAUUCAUUCAUAAUAGGGCAAACAAUCGCAAAGCAUUCGUCCCAGCGGACCAUUUAUGUGCAGAGGAAGAAGGGUUGCUAAGAGAAACAGAAAGGAUGAUCAUUCACUGAGAACUGAUCUGGGUCAAACCCGCCCUGCAGAAUUCUUUCUACAGACCACUCGGCUCUGGUGUGGGAUUUAACACUAAGCCACACCUUCUGUCCGAGCGGUUGGGUGUGUGCGGAAAGAAUGGCAACAGAACAGAAGACCAUGGUGACGGAUCCGUGGAAAAUCCAGUCAAGUCACGCCAUUUCACAGCUGAAAGUCUGUGGUGUUUCUUUGUUGAUAACGUCAAUCAUUUCCUGGUUUGUUCGGUUCGACGCUCACAGUCAGGGUGAGCUGCCAAACUAGGGUGUGGUUGUUACAGAAAGCCACCUGUCAACCAUCAGAUAUUCCUGAAGAGGGUGAUUAUGGACUCCAGACAGCUAACUCUGUUGGUGCACGUAGAUUGCAUCAUGGACAUUCUACCCUCGAGCUGUCGGCGUCCAAAGUGUCGUCUGAAAUCUUUCGUCGUCAUCUGUUUGGCACUUGGAGUCCUGGGAACGUGUUUGGUCCUGACUGCCUAUCAGAUUGACAUUGAUGUGAUUUCGUCGAAGCGAGCUCAAGUUGGUGCAAUAUUCGGUGAAACCUGGACUGCAAUAAGUUCACGAGCGACACCAAGCGAAAGAGAGGAAGAACAACAGGGACAGCAUUCUUCCAACACAGGUCAGAGCUGGCAAAUAAACAAGACCGCGCUGUUGCACUUGAGACGACAUCUUAACCCACUACAAACAGCCAGGAGUUUUGUACUCAGCCAAGACAUCUCAACCAAGAAAAGGAGAGUCCCAUUCGUGUUCAGCAACAAAAAGUCAUUAUACAUGAAGGAUGGCAUGUACCACAGUCUGCCAAAGGUCAGCCCUUUCAGUGGUCGGUCGUUAGGCGUGUGCAGUUUGGUUGGCAACGGCGGUAUCUUGACUGGGAGCAAAUGCGGCGAACAGAUAGAUUCUAGCGAUUUUGUUAUCAGGUUUAACAUGGCACCUGUAUGUCAGCCAUAUCUGGACGACAUCGGCAGACGCACGGACCUGGUCACAACCAGCCGGGACAGGAUGAAGUCCAAGUUCAACUCCCUGAAUUCCCGAGCCGGGCGUGAGAAGUUCGUGAACCACCUGCACGACCAAUACGGCCAAGACACCUACAUACUGUCGGCUCCCUUCACCGUCAGAGGGAACAUCGGAUCCUUACUCGGGAUUCCUGAGGUGCUGACGUCUCACAACUCUUCCGCAGUUGCCCUGUUCAUCAACCCCUCCCAUGUGGAGAAGAUGCUGCACAUCUGGAGAGAGCUCGGGCUCGAUCUGUCCAAAGGAGAGACUAAUUUCUCCUCAGGUUUCUACUAUGCGUCCGUAGCUCUGGAGUUGUGUGAUCAGAUUCAUAUGUACGGGUUCUGGCCGUUCCGUGAGGACAGGGAGGGCCGGCCGGUCCACUACCACUACUACAAGUCCCUGGACCUCGGAGGGCUCAACAACCGCUGGCACGCCAUGGAUAAGGAGUAUGAGAAACUCCUAGAACUUCACGAUCAUGGCGUGUUGCAGCUGAUAAGCGGAAACUGUAGAUAGCACGGGUCCAUGUGGAUUCUGUAACGUAUUUGUGCCUUAGGCUUUGAAAGCCUAGACAAUCAUCAAAUCAUUCUUUUAGUUUUUUGUUUAUUUAUCAAUAUUAGCUACAUAAUUUUGAUUGAUAAUAAAAGUAUGGUGCCAAGACAUUGGGAUCUGCCAAAAUAAUGAUAAUAAAGCAAUAUUUUUCUCAGGAACAUGUAACGUUAUAUAUAUACAUAUCUUAACUUGUCAAUGACAAAAUGUAUUUAAGCUUAGAUCACUGACUGUACAGUUUGAGAUUUUUGCGAACAUAUUCCUCAAUGGUGUGCCGCAAACACCACAAGCGAUCACAGAAAACCACAAUCGGGACCAUUAUGCAGUGUACAUGGGGCGAGGACCUUGUGUGACGCUCUUGUUAUGUUAUCUAUACAAUUAUGAGUAAGAAGUAUGCAGCAGGUCUAGAAUUCUUACCAGUGUGUCAAGUUAUUCUGCUCGUUUCAAGAUAGAAGGCUCAUUGAGUGUGAGGUUGUAUGAUUUUGAGGAUGAUGAACACUUUAACUUGAAGUAUUAUGAGUUUACAAUGAUAAAAUUGUGCUAUGCUACCUCAGUACUGUUAUUUGAAUUUCUUAAUUGUGUUUAGUGCGGCCUAUACAUUUAGCAGUAUCUAUACUGUAACUGUGACUAUACAUCUUGCACACAUACACACACAAAGUCAAAGUCAAAGA